CGGGCGCUCUCCCUAGAGGGCACUUCCGGUAACGUUUCCUGUGUUUGUAAACUGAAAAAAUUGCAAGUGCGACAAGACAAUAUUGCAGUAUUAUAAAAGAGGAAGAGGAAGGCUUGGGCCCCCUGAUGAUUGGGGCUUGUGCGGUCUCUAAACAUUGUUCCAGCCCAGAGCGAAGUUCUCUGUCCCCCAAAACACACACACACUUUCGCCACUGCGAUGUCACAUCUUUCCAACAGCUCAGUGCGAGAUCACAUGAAAUGGGCUGGGUUGUUGGGCUGUGAAGCGGUACUGUCCAGCAUGGCGCUCAUGCAGGCCGGUUCCAUGCCCAACCACAGGAAGAUGGGCUCUCAUCUGGGCCAUGGACAGAGAGAAAACAAUCACAGCCACAAUCACAACAACAAUCACAACCAUAACCAGGACACCCAGAACCAACAUGGCCACAUGGUGCUACCUUCAGGAAUCAGCUGCCCACCACUGCUUAUUCGCAAAGACGGGGAAUUUCACUCGUCCCGGCUCUUGGAUGAAAAAGACAUGCAGGCCAGCCAAAACGUCCAGCCAAAGAAGAAGAACAGGAAGUCAGGGCCUCCCUCCAAAAUGAGAGAAAAACCCCAGAUGGAGAUGCCUGAUGUGAACGACGAUAACUCGCUCAGCUCUCAAGUGCAAAAGAACUUUAUCUGUGAGCACUGCUACAGCGCCUUCCGCAGCAGCUACCAUCUGAAACGACACAUUCUUACCCAUACGGGGGAGAAGCCAUUUGGAUGUGAUAUGUGUGACAUGAGGUUUAUACAGCGUUAUCACCUGGAGAGACACAAGCGCGUUCACAGCGGCGAGAAGCCUUAUCAGUGCGACCGCUGCCAACAGAACUUUUCCAGAACCGACCGGUUACUACGACAUCGGCGUUUGUGUGCCGUGGGCAUCCCAAAAGAGGAGAACCAGCCGUGCUGCGAGGGACGGCCGUAUUCUCAGGACCCCUCCCAGCACACGGCUUCCUGGAGCCCACUGCAGACAAACAACAGCAGGCUGGCGGUGUGACGACCAUCUUGAACGCUCAUACAGCAAACAAAAUGGACUCGCUGCGGCCAACAUGCAGUUUGGCACCAGAACUGACUUGAGCUUUUAAACUCUAAUGACUCACCAACAGUGAAAUCUUUUAUACUGUUAGACUCUGGGAAACAACAUAUUUUGUACUUUUAAUCUCCGUAGAUGGUACUGUCAUCAGCAGGUGGGUUAGUUCUUCAUCCAGUCCAGGCAAUAAUGGCCUCUGGCUAGAGAAUGACUUCCUUUUGUAGUUCCUGUGGAGGGGUGUAGUUUGGGUAAACUCGUAACGAUGGUUCUUGGGGAUUUCGGCGUUCCAACCUGUGAACAAAUAACCUGUUGUCGCACAAAUACUUUUUUCUCCAAGCGGUUAGACGUAGAGACAGUAGAUGCAUCCUGAUAGAAUAAAUUUUCUCGGUGUGUUCAUGAAUGAAUCAUUUUUUUCUGUUUUCAAGAGAGUAUUCUCAUUAAAUACUGUGAUAAAAGCUUGUGAACAUUGACAGUUUUACCCCGGCCUAAUGGUUUUAGGAGAAACAUCUGGAUCGUACUUCUUAGCGUAUCCACGGGAGAGCUCGUUUUUUCAUUAUGGUGUCAAGCCUGCACAUUUGUCAAACUUUUAAUGUUAGCCUUUCGGUUAAUAUGAACACUGACUUUUUAUUGAGUAUUAGAGAAUCAAUUAGACAUUUCAACACGGUGUGAUGUGAAGUUUGCAGUAUGAUGUGACUCAUGUGGCAAUUGUGUUGGCAUCUCAGUUUCACUUAAGCCACUGGAUUGACGAAGCCAAGCCAAGAAUCACAUUAAAACCUUUUAACAGGUUGUACAGUUCGUAGAGAGACAUGAUUAUAUCAAAACUUUUCACAGAGGUCUCAUGUUUCAUUUUGCCCUUGAACACAAUUUUUCACGGCUGAGCUUGAGUUAAUAUAUUUUUUCAGCAUUUUUAAUUAUUUAAGUAGAAAUUGUAGUUGGACUAGAGUGGUGCCACUGUUUAAUGUAGUGGCUUCCUUUUUUUUUUACCUAAAUUUGAAUGCAUGUCCCUUUCGUUUAGUGCAUACUGUAAAAUAUUACUUGUAAUUGUUUAAACCAAUGAAAACAUUUUUUUGUAAGAAAAACAUCCCUGUUUGCUAUUUUUUACCAUUCAUAAACAACUAAACUUUAAUCUUAUCCUGAUAAGGCACCAUGUAGACAAUAAAUUUUCUUUUCUAAAAACAAGGCUUCUAUUUUUCUCCAUGCAUGCUGUAAAUUUAGCACAGAAAUUUGUUAUGUCCUUUUUGAUUUCCAAUUUAACUCAACUGGUGGAGCAUGACAUCAACAAAGCCAGAUCAGGGGAUCGGCUCCCAAGGAACAUGCAUACUAAAAAAUAUAUAGAGUUUAUCUUGCAUAUGCUGUGAGUCACUUUAGAUGAAAUCAUCUGCCAAAUGCAUUAAAUGUGAACUGAUUUUUGAAGGAAACACAUGCCUACCAGCAGGUGGCGUAAGCAACCAGCUUUCAACAGUAUUCAUUAUCUUUAAAAAAUUAUUUGCCAAAGAUUAUUUUUACUCUUUAUAUAAGUUUCCAGAAUGCAUAACCUGCUUUAGAAUAUAUACUGUUUAUAUAACACAGCCAUUUCUGUGAGAUCCAUUAGAGAGCACAUAAACAUAUUUUGACCACAUGUCA